AAAACUGCCUCAGUAGCCUGGCUUAAAGGAACAGGAUACUGGACCCAUGGAGUCAACCUAGGUGAAGCCAUACGACAGGACCCUCUCUACAAGCUCAAGGAGUCCAAGGACAACCAGCAAUACCCCAUUGAACUGAUCUACCAACGAAUACAGACAGAGCAGAACAAACGGUGGGACCCAACUGGCACCAACCCCAUGGCGGUACAUGUACACUGUGCUGAAGAACACUAUGACCAAGUGCUCUCCCUUCUCUCCAAUAUCUAUGCCCCAGGACGCCGAUCUGGAUACCCCCAACACAAGAAACUCCAAGUGGUACCUGACCGCGGAUCCCACAAGUACUUGGCCACCCAGGAUGCAACACUGGACCAGGUCUUCACCUCCCUGGUAGACAAACAGUUUGUUAUAGUUGACAACAUCCAAGUCAUCUACAUCGAGAAUGUUGUUGGGAACCCAGGACCCCUCUCACCACAGGACCCAUCCACAUUGUACCUAGCAGUGACAUCUAUGGUUGAUAGCAACUCCAACAGGCCCAAACAGCCUGUUUUCAUUGGCCUCGACCAGUCCACUAAGGAUCCAUCCAUCUGGCUGCUACCUGUCGACAAGUAUCGGUAUGCUGAAGCCCUAGCCUUGUCUCAGAGGUUUGGACACGCCACGACAAAACACUGGGGACCAAGUGCCUGGAAUUGGUUCACACCCUCCUUCAGACAGAAGCAGGAAGAUGCCUUCAAGUACAACCCUGAGACAGAAGUGUUUGAAACCAGGGCUGACCGCCACCUGAAACGCCUGGCAAACACCAAACAGUUCAAACGAGAAUUUGAGGUGGUGGACAAUCUGGAUUUUGUUACCGAGUGCCAAAUUGCCAGCAUCCAUUUCAGGGUUCCCGGGGCAUUCAGAGAACGCUCUGCUGCAGAUGGAGUGGCCCUGGAUCCAUCAGAGGCAUCCUCCAUUGGCACCACUGCUGACGGGGACCGUCUAGACAUAUCCACCCUCAAUUCAGGCUUCCAAUCAGGUGACUACGCGGCCAUGUGGUCUGAAGAAGAAAGUGAAGAGUCAGAAUCGAUGACACUGGAAGACGAGGAAAACAACGAGGAAGAUGAACCACCACAAGAUGGACCAUCUGUCUUUCUCAUGGAAACUGAUGCAGAUAGGAUACACACUGGGGACAUGCAAGUCAACCUCAGCCCUGAGGUGGACGCCCUCGUGGAAACAAGAUUCAAGAUUAUAUGGGAACGGGUAAUUCAACAGGAUCAAUGGACAUUGUGGGAACGAGAGGACAAUCUCCUGUACUUGAAGGCCUUCCUCACCCACAAAGUUGGAGGACAGAAUUUGGCCGGGGCCACUGCCAUCCUGGACCACUUCGAGGCCCACAAGACGCCAGUGCAGACAAUCCUUCACCUCACCAGCUGGGAAUUGGCCAAGCUCAUGUACGUGGAGGGAAGCCAAACCUGCUUCAUCCCUAUCAGUUCCUCCAAGUACUCCAAUGACCUCUAUUUCCAAGUCAAAACCCAGAUCAAUCAAUCAUGGCUGGGACAACACCCAUGCAAUCCUAGUCCUGCCACUUUCCCUGGAUUCCUACAGCUCUUACCUCUGAUGUCCCACUCACAAGGAACCAUUGGAGUCAACCUCUGGAACAAGGCCCUCUUUUCCAGACAAGUGUCUGAUUUUCAGACCUUCUAUAAUCAUGUCCACACCUGGUGGCUCAACCAUAUCAAUGACACUGCAGACUUUGCAUUCACCAAGAGAGUUGUCCAACAAAGGCUGGUGGACAGAACCAAAUAGUUGUUGGGGAAAGGAUUCAUGCCCAAUACAGUGAAAAGCAUGAAUCCACGGGUACAGCAGGAGGCCACUGUCCAGAUAGAGCCUCCCAUGG